CCCGGAGCUCCGGUAGGGGUCCAGGAACUCCCUGCAAACCGGCCCUGUGCUGACGCGCUACCGCGCUGAUGGCCACAGGUGCCACGGCGACCGGACACAUUGGCACCCUAAAGCGAUGAUGCUCGCUUAGACUUCUGGGAAAUGUAUUUCCGGAACCUCCUCUUCUUGCUUUGUGGCUGUUCCAAGUUUCUCUCAGGGUUGCGACUUGACUUAGGACCCUAAAGAUCAGAGGUGUAACCCACAGAAAUCAAGCUGCCUCUAAGUUGAUGCCGCUCCAAUAGUAAAUUUAGAUUUUCACAAAGUCCCAGUUGCAGAAAGUAUGGGAGAAGUCAGUCCUAUUUACAGGGACAGACACUGGCCUCAAAGACCUGAUCCAGUACUCCUGAUGAGACCCACUGUGCUGGGAUCCUCAGGCUGUGCACCCCCAGAAAAUGAGCCUGCUGUGGUGAAGCUGGAGGAGUCUGACAACGACAAUGAGAGAGAAGAUAUAUUGUGGGACCCAGGCCCUGAGGCUGCGCGUCUACGCUUCCGAUGCUUCCGGUAUGAGGAUGCAGUAGGUCCUCAGGAAGCCCUGGCCCAGCUCCGAGAACUGUGUCACCAGUGGCUACGCCCAGAAGUACAUUCCAAGGAACAGGUGCUGGAGCUCUUGGUGCUGGAGCAGUUCCUGGGUGCACUGCCUCCUGAGAUCCAGGCCCAUGUGCAAGGGCAGUGGCCAGGCAGCCCUGAAGAAGCUGCUGCCUUGGUUGAUAGACUUCGAUGGGAGCUUGAUGGACCUCGGAAAUGGGUCACAGUCCAGGUGCAGGGCAAGGAGGUCCUAUCAGAGAAGAUGGAACCCUCCAGCUUCCAGCCAAGACCUCACAUCAAGCUUCAGACUCCAGACCCUGCGGCUGAGACUCCCCAAGGAGCCAUGCAGGAAUUGCCACUGGACCUACAAAUGAAAGAGGAGACAGAGUUGCUGGGGAAUCCAGAGCUCCUGGAGUCUGGGCCUCUUCCUGCUGUUCAAGAGGCUGCAGCCACUCUCCUACCUAAGGAGGCCCAGGGCCAUGGGACAACACUGGACCAGACCUCUCCUCACAGCGACACUGAGCCUGAUGUGCCCCCAUGGAGCAAGGACCCUAUGCCCCUGUGGCAUGAGGAAGUAGGGGGCAUCUUUUCACCAGGGUUUACGCUGCAGAUGGACAGCAUCACGGCAGAGCCAGAUAUGAUGAGCCCCCACCUCCAGGUCCCCUGGGAUCUGGACAUGGCUAGCCUCUCUGGACAGAUACAGUCCCCUACCACGGAAGAUGGCUCUGCCCAUGCCCUUGUACUCCCCAGCGACCCAGGAGUUGAACAGGACCCUGCCUGCGAGGAUCCCUGCCCCAGUGUGGGCCCAGCAUUGGUGGCGACUCGCUGGCAUGCCCCAAGGGGCCGGAGCCUUAGCCACCCUAGCUCGGGGACUGGAGCUAUGCGAGGCAGCCGCUGCGACGUUUGUGGCAAGGUGUUUAGCCAGCGAAGCAAUCUGCUGCGACACCAGAAGAUCCACACAGGCGAGAGACCGUUCGUGUGUGGCGAGUGUGGCCGCAGCUUCAGCCGCAGUUCUCACCUGCUGCGCCACCAGCUCACGCACACUGAGGAACGGCCUUUCGUGUGCCGCGACUGUGGCCAGGGCUUUGUGCGCAGCGCCCGCCUGGAGGAGCACCGGCGUGUGCACACGGGCGAGCAGCCAUUCCGCUGCACAGAGUGUGGCCAGAGCUUUCGGCAGCGCUCCAACCUACUGCAGCACCAGCGCAUCCACGGCGACCCUCCAGGUCCAGCGACACCCAUCCUGCCCCUCGCCGGAGUCCCCGAGCCCCCGGGCCCUUUCCCAUGCAGCGAGUGCUGUGAGAGCUUCCCACGACGCGCCGUGCUGCUCGAGCACCAGGCGGUGCACACCGGGGACAAGUCCUUCGGAUGCGUGGAGUGCGGCGAGCGCUUCGGCCGCCGCUCGGUGCUGCUGCAGCACCGGCGCGUGCACAGCGGCGAACGGCCCUUCGCCUGUCCCGAAUGUGGCCAGAGCUUCCGGCAGCGCUCUAAUCUCACCCAGCACCAGCGCAUCCACACUGGCGAGCGGCCCUUCGCCUGCGCCGAAUGUGGCAAGGCCUUCCGCCAGCGGCCCACGCUCACACAGCACCUGCGUGUGCACACGGGUGAGAAGCCCUUCGCGUGCCCCGAGUGCGGCCAGCGCUUCAGCCAGCGACUCAAGCUCACGCGCCACCAAAGGACCCAUACGGGCGAGAAGCCCUACCCCUGCGGUGAAUGCGGCCUCGGCUUCACGCAGGUGUCUAGGCUCACCGAGCACCAGCGCAUCCACACAGGUGAGCGGCCCUUCGCCUGUCCCGAAUGUGGCCAGAGCUUCCGGCAGCACGCCAACCUCAUCCAGCACCGGCGCAUCCAUACGGGCGAGCGGCCCUACGCGUGCCCCGAGUGUGGCAAGGCCUUUCGCCAGCGGCCCACGCUCACGCAGCACCUGCGCACCCACCGGCACGAAAAGCCCUUCGCCUGCCAGGACUGUGGCCGCCGCUUCCACCAGAGCACCAAGCUCAUCCAGCACCAGCGCGUGCACAGCACUGAGUAGCUGUACAGCACCGAGCUGUGAAAACACCUCACAAGGUUGUUGUGAGGCCUGGGCUUUGCCGGACGUGGUGACGCACGCCUUUAAUCCCAGCACUCC